GUUUGGAUGCAGCAAUAGAGCAGACGUCAGUGAAGAGACUUCAUUCAGGUUUCACUGUGAAGAAUGGCAAACAUCUCUGCUAACACCAGCCUCCUAAAUGAAACCAUUGACUACGACUAUGAUGACCUUGUGCUUGAGUACAACAAAAAAGUCUUCAUCAUACAUGUAGUGACAUGCAUCAUCAUUUGUAUCGGUCUCCCUUUGAUACUCAUGGCCAUCUAUGCUCUCUACUCUCUGGUAAAGAAUGAUCAUGUGGCUCCAAUCUACAUCAUCAAUCUUCUCAUAUCUGACCUUAUUCAGCUCUGCUGUAUGAUUGUUUGGGAGUCCAAACCUAAGGAAGAUAUGAUAGAUAACACUGUGAACUCUAUUUACAAAUUUGGCCAGUUAACUAGUAUUGGCUUCAUGGUGUGUAUUUCACUGGAAAGAUAUUUGGUCAUUGCCCACCCACUGUGGUACCGCUUCAGACGAACCAUCAGGAUCACUGUGGCGGUCUGUGUUGUAGUCUGGAUCAUACCUCUUGUCUUGAUUUUUACUGUGUUUCCCUGGAUUACUCUGUUUGUCACAGACAUCAUCCUGUCCAUCUUCCUCAUCACCCCCUUCCCACUGUUCAUAUUCUUCCUGGUUGGGACCCUCAGAGCCCUCUCCACUUCGGUCUCAGUCCCCUCUGAAGAAAAAUGGAGAAUCGUGGCAAUCUUAGUCCUGGUGCUGCUGAUUUAUACUCUGCUGUUCCUGCCUAGUAUUAUUUUUUUCACUGCCAAAACAUACGCGUUUGACCUCACUCUAAUUUUCCUGGCCCACAUAUUUGUAAAACUUAGUCCACUUGCAGACUUACUUCUGUAUGUUUUCAUCAGAAAGGGGGCUGUUGGCAAACUUUUGACCUCUGUGUGCUGUUGCAGAAAGGAGAACAAUGACACCAACACCAUCAGCACAAUCAAUCUAGACAAUACUUAGACCAGUGGUUAUCAUUUAGGAGGCGGAAAAAAGUAGCUCAAAGUACUAGCUAAAAAGUAGCUCAUUGAGCUGUUUUCAGAGGGUCCCAAGUUAUGGGGGCUAAAAGUCAUCAGUGUACAGAAGCUCUGAGUGAGCACAUUUAUAUAAAACUUAGCACAAAAAAGUAAAGAAAUUUGUGUUUGGUAGAUUAUUUCUUUGUUGUAACAAUGCUUCUUGGCAAUAAAUCUUAUACCGUUUGAAAGCCUGUUUAUUACCCUUUUAAAUGGUGCCACGUUUGUCAGGAACAUGCAUUGUGGGAUGAGCAGCAGAGCACAGUGAAGAAGUAUGUAUACGAAUUAGACAGUCCUUCCAUGCCUCCUGGGAGCGUUCUACACCCAAGUCAAUCUCCCAUGCAGUUUUCAUCUUAUCCCAGGAUAUCUGCAUCAAUCCCUGUAUCAAUGCAAAAUUGUAAAUAUAUGUUUCUUGCCAAAGGGGCCUAGCUCUAGAAUCACAUCUGACUUUUAGGUGGUGG